AUGAAAUAUCAAUUUGCCAUUCUUUGGGAUUAUGUUAAUGAGAUUGACAGGAAUAACCCGGGAACUUCAAUUUAUAUGAAGUUUACUGACAAUGAGAUGCCUGAUAAGACAUAUAGAUUUCAAAGGAUCUAUUUGUGUUUUGCUGCUUGUAAAGAGGCAUUUAAUGCUGGAUGUCGCAAAAUAGUAGGUGUGGAUGGGUGUUGGUUGAAGGGCCCAAUGUAUGGAAAUCAAUUAUUAACAGCAGUUGGUCUUGAUGCUAACAACAACAUAUUUCCAAUAGCAUAUGUUGUUGUUGAAAGAGAAACCACGGAGACAUGGGCAUGGUUUUUAAAUCACUUGGUUAGUGACUUAGAGAUUGAUUAUCAAGAAAGUUGGACCUUUAUGUCCGACAAACAAAAGGGUCUUAUUGAAGCAUUUAAUGAGGCUUUGCCAUAUGUUGGCCAUAGAUUUUGUGUGAGACGCCUCCAUAACAACUUUAAAGGGGCUGGAUUUAUUGGAGAAUCCCUCAAGCAUGCACUUUGGACUGCUGCCAAGGCUACAACUGUGAAGUUAUUUGAUAUUUGCAUGGAGAAGAUGUAUGAAUUGGAUGCCGAAGCUGCUACGUGGCUGAAUGAAAAUGCACCUAGUGAAUGGACUAAAUCACAUUUCUCUUCAGGUGCUAAAUGUGAUGUUUUAUUGAAUAAUAUGUGUGAAAGUUUUAACAGUACGAUUCUUGAUGCUCGAGACAAGCCAAAUAUUACCUUGUUGGAGAAAUUAAGGUAUCUUCUUUUGGCAAGAUUCCAAGUUAAUAGGGAUAAAGCAGAAAGAUGGAACUCGGGUGAUAUUUGCCCUCGGAUCAAGAGCUUACUGCAUAAGAAUGAGUCUGCGGCAGCUGCAUGUAUUCCAAGAAAAUCGAAUAUGUGGAACUAUGAAAUUCUUAGAUCGUCCACUGCCGACAAUUGGAUUGUUGACCUUCAAAAUAGAAAAUGUAGUUGUAGAAAAUGGAUAAUAACAGGAAUUCCUUGCAAACAUGCAAUAUCGGCUAUUUGGGCUAAACAUGAUGAUGUUAUUGAAUACGUUGAUGAUUGCUAUACAGUUGACACGUACAGAAAAAUUUAUGAAAAAGCUAUCUUUCCGAUCAGUGGGUCGCAAUUGUGGGCUAAAUCGAAUAAAGUCCCUCCUUUACCUCCGAGACCUGUAAGACAAAACAAGAGGGGAAGAAAUCAAAAUUUGAGAAGAAGAGAGUCUGAUGAAGCAGGAUCAACUUAUGUCACAAAACCUGGCCAUAAUAAGAGAAAAUGCAAAUUGAACCAUGUGGAGUCAGAAGUAGGUGUACAUGACUCAGCUUUUUGGAUGCCUCCUACAUCAACAGUUUCCGAGAAGUUGCCAGUAAAAUCUUUGGCGUAA